AUGGCCCCAAGAAGCUCUAUCAUCUCUUGGGGAGCCUAUAGUUUAGUUCUCUUUGGGUUUCUUUUGCUCGUUUCCCAAACAAAUGCUAGAAAUGUUGUUUCGACUCAUAAACCCGAAGAAUCUUAUGAUGAUAUAAGGGUAGACUUUGGAUUUCUAAGAAAAACCGUGCAUAUUUCUUCAUCUGAAUCGAGCCAAAGCAAGAAGCUAUCUAUGGUAGACUUUAGAAUAGUUCCAAAAGCUCCUCAUAUUCCUGCUCCUGGUCUGAAUCAGAUGACCAUAACCUAUCCACCUCCUCUACCUCUAUUGCACGAUAGGAUGUUAUCAAAAACCAAGCACAUUCCUCCAUCUGGACCAAGUCACGAGGCACCAUACCAUCCAAUCAACUAUGGAAUGUUACCGAAAAACAUGCCCAUUCCUCCAUCCGGACCAAGUCAUGGGGCACCAGACCAUCCCAUCAACUAUGGAAUGUUACCUAAAAACAUCCCCAUUCCUCCAUCUGGACCAAGUCACGGGGCACCAGACCAUCCCAUCAACUAUGGAAUGUUACCGAAAAACAUCCCCAUUCCUCCAUCCGGACCAAGUCACGGGGCACCAGACCAUCCCAUCAACUAUGGAAUGUUACCUAAAAACAUCCCCAUUCCUCCAUCUGGACCAAGUCACGGGGCACCAGACCAUCCCAUCAACUAUGGAAUGUUACCGAAAAACAUCCCCAUUCCUCCAUCCGGACCAAGUCACGGGGCACCAGACCAUCCCAUCAACUAUGGAAUGUUACCUAAAAACAUCCCCAUUCCUCCUUCCGAACCAAGUCAUGGGCCACCAGACCAUCCCAUAAACUAUGGAAUGUUACCGAAAAACAUCCUCAUUCCUCCAUCCGGACCAAGUCACGGGGCACCAGACCAUCCCAUCAACUAUGGAAUGUUACCUAAAAACAUCCCCAUUCCUCCAUCUGGACCAAGUCACGGGGCACCAGACCAUCCCAUCAACUAUGGAAUGUUACCGAAAAACAUCCCCAUUCCUCCAUCCGGACCAAGUCACGGGGCACCAGACCAUCCCAUCAACUAUGGAAUGUUACCGAAAAACAUCCCCAUUCCUCCAUCCGGACCAAGUCACGGUGCACCAGACCAUCCCAUCAACUAUGGAAUGUUACCUAAAAACAUCCCCAUUCCUCCAUCCGGACCAAGUCACGGGGCACCAGACCAUCCCAUCAACUAUGGAAUGUUACCGAAAAACAUCCCCAUUCCUCCAUCCGGACCAAGUCACGGGGCACCAGACCAUCCCAUCAACUAUGGAAUGUUACCGAAAAACAUCCCUAUUCCUCCAUCCGGACCAAGUCAUGGGCCACCAGACCAUCCCAUAAACUAUGGAAUGUUACCAAAAAACAUCCCCAUUCCUCCUUCCGGACCAAGUCAUGGGCCACCAGACCAUCCCAUAAACUAUGGAAUGUUACCGAAAAACAUCCCCAUUCCUCCUUCCGGACCAAGUCAUGGGCCACCAGACCAUCCCAUAAACUAUGGAAUGUUACCUAAAAACAUCCCCAUUCCUCCUUCCGGACCAAGUCAUGGGGCACCAGACCAUCCCAUCAACUAUGGGAUGUUACCUAAAAACAUCCCCAUUCCUCCUUCCGGACCAAGUCACGAGGCACUUGACCAUCCCAUCAACUAUGGAAUGUUACCAAAAAACAUUCCCAUUCCUCCAUCCGGACCAAGUCACGGGGCAUCAAAUCCAUAG